CCCUCCCCAUGAUAGAGGCUUUAAACAACUCAUCCAUAUACAUUUAUAUUUUUUUAAUCAUUUUUUUCUACAUGUUGAAUUUAGAUAAUUAUUUUCUAAAUUGUGGAACACCAUCAUCAUAGUUGUUGUUGUCAUUUUAACAUAUCCGCAUUGAAUUCAUGUUUACAUUCUAUUAAAAUUCGAUACUCUGAUUGUGUUCUCUUCAAUAUUUGUUGAUUCGUUCAUCUUAAAUUUCCGUUCAUUUCACAAUGACAAGGAUCGUGUUCAUCAUCACUAUUAUUGUUAUUCAACAUUUUCUAUCUAGUCAUACAGUUUUGUCUUCAGAUCAAUCACCAUUCGAACGAUUGUUUAAUCGAUUCUCCGAUUUCCUUAAAGAUCUUAAGAAUCCAAAUGAUCAACAUGAACGUCGAUAUCAUGAUCGUUUAAAACAUUAUGAAUCACAGCUAUCACAAACACGUGUAUGGCUUACCAUAUCAUCGGUGGUGAAUGUAACUGGACAUGAUUCAAAGGAUCAUAAUCGUGAUCUAUUAAUUCGUGCAUUGGAAAUACAUUGGCGACGUCCGGUACCACCACAACCUGGUGAUUAUUUAGCCAUUUAUCGGACAAAUGAUUCUGUACAGAUACGAACAUUUCCAUUGAUCGAUACGAAAACGAAUCGUACAUUUCCACGUUAUUAUAAAAGUGAUUUAGAAUUUAAUUAUCAAAAUCUAACGAAUCUUAAUAAAACCGAUAAAGAUGAUCCUUAUGAAAAUUGUCUUCAAUAUAUGGUUGUCUAUGUAAAUCAUCAUGAAAAUAUUGAAUCAAGAAAUUGUAUUCGAAUGCAAGCUCGAUGGAUGGAACAAUUAUUUGAACGUAUUAAAGAUCAUCGAUUAUCCGAAUUGAUGAUACCCGGAACACAUGAUGCAAGUAGUUAUGAAAAAUAUUCCUACGAUAUCUAUGAACUUGAUGUUUUAAGCCGAUUUCAAUAUACACAGGAUGAAAGCUUAUACAAUCAACUUGCCUACGGUAUCCGAUAUAUGGAUUGGCGUGUUGCCGUCUAUAAUCAAACAAAUCAUACGGAUAGCCAGACAUUUAAUUGGAUUGAAGAAUAUUGGAUGGUACAUGAUAUGCAACGUAAUCGUAUUACAUUGAAACAGGCCAUACGCCAAGUUGUAAAAUUUCUAACACGUACAACACACGAAAUUAUUAUUAUUGAUUUUCAUCGAUUUGUACAUGGAUUUGAUGGUGAAAAUGAUUUACAAGCUAUGCGUCAACGUUUACAGACAUUUAUCGACAUCAUACAUCAACAACUUGGCCCAUAUCUUAUUCCAUACAGUUCUAAAGGUUUACCAACCAUUGGUAAUUUGAUUGCACGUAAUCAACGCGUAUUGAUUUGUUAUGCAUAUAAAUUCGAUGUUCGCCAAUUACCAGAUUCGAUAAUGUUAUGGCCACCAGUACAACAUUUAUGGGCUGAUACGGAUAAAUUAAUCGAAUUGGAAUCAUAUAUUCAGGAACAGAUAUGUAAACCAUCACGAUCAUUUCAUAAUACACAUCUAUUGCGUUCGAUGAUGGCUGAAUUAACACCAACAGUUGAAGGUGUACUAUUUCGUCGUUAUCAUGGUUUACGUGAAAUGGCCGCUUUAGUCAAUAUGAAUUAUGAACAAUGGUUCCGUUAUCGUUGGUCAAAUUGUACGAAUAUUGUUGCCGGUGAUUUUUUUCUCGGUUCCGAUCUAAUUGACAUAUCUAUCGAUGUUAAUCGUGAACGAUUUCAAUCAUCCUAAUAACUACCGAAUGAUUUUCCUUUUGUUUUUCAAUUGUCAAAAAAAAAAAUUUAAAUUGUUUUUUUUUUGCUUGUUUGUUUGUUUGUUUGUUAGGUGAAAAAUAUAUUAUUUUAUUAUUUUACAAAUGCUAAUUUUCCUGUCAUAUAAAUUUGUGUGUGGGUGUGUUUAAGGUGAAGGUGAAUAAAUUUUUGAAAAAUAGUGUAAAAAAA